AUGUUGAAUUUUGCAUCGAGAGCGUCAUGCGUGACAAGACGUCAAGCAAGCUUGUACCUUGUCAAAAAUCAAGGCCCCAGAUUAAUAACUUCCACUACUCCCUCGUGCCAUUGGCCUCUGAAGGCGCAAGAACUACAGCCCUACUAUCCUUUAUCUUUGAGAUUUUACUCCACCGAUAAGACUAAGAGCGUUGCAAAGCCCGUGACUUCGACAUCCACCGAUGCUCCUGCCAAGCCCAAGGAAACGCUUAUGGUCAAAGUGAAGCAUGCCUUGAAACAUUAUGUUAAUGGGACGAAGCUUUUGGGUUACGAACUCAAAGUCUCUACUAAGCUUUUAAUCAAAUUUGCUCAAGGUUACGAAUUAUCUAGAAGAGAGAGGAACCAGUUGAGGAGAACAAUGGGGGAUGUGUUUAGAUUGAUUCCCUUUUCAGCGUUCCUUAUCAUCCCAUUUGCCGAAUUAUUUUUGCCCUUCGCUUUGAAACUCUUCCCUAAUUUGCUGCCCUCCACUUACGAAUCCGGCAAGGAUAAGCAGGCCAAGAGAAAUAAGCUGAUCGAGAUCAGAAAAAAGACAUCCGAGUUCUUGCAUGAAACUUUGGAAGAAUCCAAUUUAAUUACUUAUAACACCAUCGAAAAUGCAGAGAAGAAGCAAAAGUUUUUAAAUUUUUUCCGGAAACUUUACUCUGCCAAAGAAGGUAAGAUUAUGACUUUCCAACACGAUGAAAUUAGCGCCAUUGCGCAAAUGUUUAAAAAUGAUACCGUUUUGGAUAACUUGUCAAGACCUCAAUUGGCGGCAAUGUCGAAGUUUAUGUCAUUAAGGCCAUUUGGUAACGAUAACAUGCUUCGUUACCAAAUUCGUUCCAAACUAAAGGAUAUAAUGAACGACGACAAAACUAUCGACUACGAAGGCGUUGAAAGUUUAUCGCAGGAAGAGUUGUAUCAGGCUUGUGUAUCUCGUGGUAUGAAGGCGUACGGUGUGUCCAAGGAGGACUUGGUCGAUAAUCUAAAGGUUUGGCUAGAAUUGAGACUGAGACAAAAGAUCCCAUCUGUCUUAAUGGUUUUGAGUUCCACAUUUACCUUUGGAGGGCUUCCAAAGGAGAACUAUUCAAAGGCCUUUUCACCGCUAGCUGAAAAAAAGGAAACAAAAAGCAAAUACGACGACCUUUUGGAUCUGUACUACGAUGGUAUAUUACAAGUGCUAAGUUCUAUCCCAGAUCCCGUUUAUAACGUGGCAAAAUUAGAUGUAUCUGAAUCGAAAUCAUCCGCUGCUGAAACUGAAGCUGAAAAGCAAGCUGCUGAAAAGAAGGUAAAGACGGAUGAAAAACCGGAGGAAACUGCUAUACCGAAGGGAGAAGCUGCCGCAAAAGAUUCUGUUGUAGCCACCACCGCUUCUGUGGUUACUCCUAAGCUAGUCGUGGUUAAUGAAAGUGCAGAAGCAGCUAAGACAGAGACAAAGCUUCAGGAAACAGAGAAGGCGGAAGCCGCCGAAUCUAAGGAAGCUGCGGAAGCUGAAGAGAAGAAGACCUCUGAUGAUAACGAGUUCAAAUUGAAUGUUUUGAAGGAGCAAGAAGAACUAAUAAAGAAGGAAGAAGAGGAAGCUAAGCAAAGAGCUUCAAGAGAGCACGUCUCCGACGAUAUCAACCUAGAUGAGGAGGAAGAAGCUAAAUCUGUACCUCCUAUUCCGGCCGACCAAGCUGCGAAGACUUCUGUCAUCAAGAAAAAUUAA